AUGGUGAACAAGAUUAUAGCUCAAGCGUUACAAAGAUUGUUCAAAAUCUUCGCCGAUAAUAUUGACUGUCAAUACGGGGAACUACUUUUUCACUCUGAAGUCCGAUGGCUAAGUAGGGGACGAGUGCUGAAACAUUUUAAUCAUAUCAUAUCUGUCAUACUUCAAUUUUUCAAACAACGUGAUGAGCCGAUUCCGGAACCGGAAAAUUCAAUCUGGCUUAGAGAUUUUGGUUUACUUGUGGAUGUUACAGAAAAAUUAAAUGAACUUAAUUUGAAGCUUCAGGGGAGAGACAAAGAACUAGCAGAAAUGAUUUCUUGUAUAAAAGCGUCUAUCAAAAAGCUUGAGUUUUGGGAACAAAAUCGAUGGCGAUAUCAGUCAGUUUUGUCUGUUCUCUCAGAAAAGAUAUCUCAAAGUCCACUAGAACCAUAUGACAGUAAACAUCCCGUAGAAAUAGUCUCUAGCUUGAAGGAUAACUUCAAAAACCGUUUCAAGGAUUUUAACGAAAUUGCUAUUGUGGCGCAAUUUGUUGUUUCACCCUCCAUGGAAAUUGAUAUUCAACAGUUUGCGACUUCUGUUAGGCAAAAUUUUAACGAAGACAUCGCCGCGACAGAAAUGCGUUUCAAGACGAUUUAA